ACCAUACCAAUUACAAUUUACAAACCCUUUGGUUGACACUUACCAGACUCCACCAAAGUCUUGUUGCGGUGAGAAAAGUGAAAGGGAAGUUUAAUGGCGGAAGUGAAGCACAUUGUGUUGGGCAAGUUCAAAGAUGGGAUCCCCCAAGAAGAGAUCGAUCAGCUUAUCAAGCAAUAUGCUAAUCUCGUCAAUCUCAUCCAACCCAUGAAGUCUUUCCGCUGGGGUAAAGAUGUAAGCAUAGAGAACCUUCACCAAGGCUUCACUCAUGUGUUUGAAUCGACUUUCGAGAGCUGUGAAGGUGUUGCUGAGUACAUUGCUCAUCCGGAUCAUGUUGAGUACGCGAGCAAACUCCUUCCGCAAUUGGAGAAAGUUCUCAUCAUUGACUACAAGCCUGCACCCGUCCAGCUCUGAGUUCAGUAAUUUGCAGAAAGAAUAUCUGGUUUUGCUUGCUCUGUUCAGCUAUGAAGCUUGGAAUUCCUGGAACUUUUGUUUUGAGUUCAAUGGUGACUGUGUUUGCACUAGUGUAAAAUCUGUAUGGAUUCUGUCUCUGUUACUCCUUUAAUAAUUUGAUGGGCUUUGUCCCAGUUAUCCAAUGGGCAAAAUUCUCGAACAUUUGAGUCAA